AUGCCUGAUAACAUGAGCAUAUCUGUUAAUGGACAAUCUCAAGUCCCUCCUGGAUUCAGGUUUCAUCCAACUGAAGAAGAACUUCUUCAAUACUAUUUGAGGAAAAAAGUGUCUUAUGAGAAGAUUGAUCUUGAUGUUAUUCGUGAUGUUGAUCUCAACAAGCUUGAACCAUGGGACAUACAAGAGAAAUGCAAAAUAGGAACAACUCCACAAAAUGAUUGGUACUUCUUCAGUCACAAAGAUAAGAAGUAUCCAACCGGGACGCGAACCAAUCGCGCCACGGCUGCUGGGUUCUGGAAAGCCACCGGGCGUGACAAAGUUAUAUAUAGCAAUGGAAAAAGGAUUGGAAUGAGAAAGACUCUUGUUUUUUACAAGGGUCGCGCCCCUCAUGGCCAAAAAUCCGAUUGGAUCAUGCACGAAUAUAGACUAGACGAUAAUACCACCACCAGCGACGCUAAUUUGGUGUCGAAUGUGAUUGGUGAUGGUGGUCAAGAAGAAGGAUGGGUGGUGUGUAGGAUAUUCAAGAAGAAGAAUCAUCUGAAAACCCUAGACAGCCCAUUAGGCUCUGGAGAGGGAAGAAGAAACCAUCAUUUGUUUGAUAAUUGUGAUGAAGGAGCUUUGGAGCAAAUACUUCAACAAAUGGGAAGAGGUGGUUGCAAGGAAGAGAAUUAUGAAGCAAAUUACAAUAACAAUAAUUAUGGAAGGUUUACAAGGCCUUAUGAAACUAGCCUCAACAACAAUGGUGGUUAUAAUAAUAAUGAAAGGUUCAUGAAACUUCCAAGUUUAGAGAGUCCAAAAUCAACAAGCAUGGAGAACAAUGAGAACAACAAUGAAGGGUACCAUGCAAUUAUUCAAGUGGAUGUGGCUAAUGAUCAUCAUCAUCAACACCAUAACAACAUGGUUAAUAAUCCAUUAGAAGCAUCAUCAUCAUCAAUGGUUAUAGCAUCAUGUGGUGAUGGUGGUCUUGCUAAUUGGGUAGCUUUGGAUAGGCUUGUUGCUUCUCAAUUGAAUGGACAAACUGAAACUUCUAGGCAAUUGGCUUGCUUCAAUGACCCCACAAUGGGAUAUUGCACUAAUGAUCAUGAUCUUCAACUUCCAACCCUUAGAUCUUCUUCAUCAACUUCAUCUCUAUCAACACACGUUAGAGCAACUACUUCUACUACUACUUACAUUAGUCCCUCGCAUGAAUAUGCGAGUGAGAUUGAUCUUUGGAACUUCGCCCGAUCAACUUCUUCAUUAUUGUCAUCUUCUGAACCACUCUGCCAUGUCUCAAAUACGUCAGCAUGA